AUGGUCAUUUUUGCGAUUAUGGGUUUUAGUGAGUUUUUUUCGGGAGGAAUUGAAAAUCGGCAAAUUUCACUGCUGAUAUUUGAAUGUUCACAAUUUUGCAGUCAAUUUCUGCUUGUUCAUCACAAUCGGAGUUCGUGAAUAUGUUCAACAAUAUCCAAUGAUUUAUUCACUUUGCCUGAUGUCUCCAGUGAUUUCAACAAUUAUUAUCAAAUCAAUAAACGGCCCAAUUUUAGUCAAGAUUCUAUCAUUUCUAGCACAUCUUACUGCAAUUUUCUUGUUCUUCACAUCAAUUGGUUUAUCAUAUGAUAUCGAAUUAUUCUAUGUUUUUCACUUCACAACAUCUCUAAAUUGCCUUUAUGCAUUUUUAUAUUCAAUUCAACCAAAAUAUCAUCUCAAUCCCAAAGAAAUGGCUAUUUUUUCGAUUAUUUCAAGUAUUAUAAAUGCCUCGUUUGUUCAACUUUUCCUUUCGUUUUAUGAUUUUCCGUGGAUUUCAGCGAUUAUUGGAUCAUCUGCCAUAUUCAUAUAUAUUAGUUAUAAUAUUCAUUUUUACACAAGUAACUCUUUAAAUUGGCUUCAAGGUGUUAUAAACAUCUUCACUAGAUUGCCUUAUUGAUUAAAUGUAGAUUAAUAACUUGCUGGUUAGAAAUAAAGCUUUUAUUGAUUAUUCAGUAUGGUUUUUCUUUGAAUCUAUUGAUUGUGGUUUUUACCAUUGUUAUUUUAAAAUUUGGUAAGAAAAUGGCUCUAAUAAACCAAAAGAAGAUACAUAUAAUUUUCAGAAAAAUAUUUAUGUAUGAUAUCGUGUCGAAGAUUUGCCUCCUAUAUUGCCAAGAAAAAUUACUAUGAGAUUAUCGGAGUUCCGCGAACUGCUUCGAAAGAGGAAAUUAAAGAGGCAUUUGUGAGAAAAACGAAAGAAUUGCAUCCAGAUCAAUCGAGAAACAAAAAACAAAAAGAUAGUAGAUUAGGAUGGUCGAAUGUAUCAGAAACUGAAAAGUUUAUGCAAGUUAAGGUGAGGUUUUUAACGUUUUGAAAAUGUCGUAGAUUUUUCAUUUAAAAAAUACCGAUUUUUCAGGAAGCCUACGAUGUCCUUCGAAACGAUGAAAAACGCAAGGCUUAUGAUUUUGCAUAUAGUUCUGAAGGUGGUUUCUUGAUGGAAGCAUCAAGAAAAACGAGAGAAAUGUCGAGUUCGGCGAGAAAUCGACAAAGAGCCGAAUGGAGUGAGGGAAUUAUACCGGAUAUGGGAAAAAGAAAAUCGACAAGUACAGUAACUGCACAUUUCAGGUGAGAUUUUCUAAAAAAAAAUUGGAAUUGGGAUAGUCUUAAAUUGAUUGGUAUUCGCUUGCAUACAUAAAAUAGGUCCCCCGAGUCAGUUUUCAAAGUUAGGGUCCCUCCUUAAAAUUUUCCAAAGUUAAACACCUUCCUCACAUUUUUAAGCGAAUUUUGGUAAAUUAUCAACAGAAAAUAGGCAAAGUUAGGCACCCUUCCUCAGAAAGUGUCCUGACAGCCGUCGGCGAGAAAAUCUCGCCAGCUAGCACGCGAGCCGGCAGACGGCCGUCCAUUUCUCGCAUUUUUGUGGCGAGACCUCGCCAGUUCUCGCUGCUAGCUAGCGCUUGUCUGUUGUUUUUGCAGUUCAUAGAGCUUGUUUUGAAAGAAUUUAUUAAACAAAAAACACUUCAUUUAUCGGAAUCCUGUGGAUGUCGAAGUGUGGAGGGUGAUGUGUUGUUUUCCAGGCUGCGAAGAGUUGGUUGAUGAUUGUAGAAUCUGAAAUGUUCAAUCAUGUUUAAAACUUCGUUUGAAAAAUAUAGGGCAUUGGGAAAUGAGAACACAACGAGCCAAAAUUACAAGGUUUUCGUAGAAAGUGAGUCAGUGCUGACAAGCGAUUUAGGAGCUUGACUUGACAAUGACAUGGCAACUACUUAUUCCUAUCACUAUCAAUUUUCUAAAAGUAAUGAUCUUCUAAUUUAUCAAGCACUGAUGGAAAAAUACAAUCAAAUACAUUUCUAGAUGAGUAACAAACAUGAAUAUAGAAUUUUCCAUUCGAAGUUCAUAUAGAAUGAGUUCUUUUCUCAUGAAAUCGAUUUGUUCCUACACUAGAGCAUGAUUUUAAAACUACUGGGACUUAGGAACCAAAGCUCUCAUUCAAACCACCUUACCUUACAAAUUUUAUCAAAAAUUUUGUUGUGCUGCUCGUCCAUCCCGCCAUUUCAGUCGAAAACAUCGCUUCAAACAUCGAGAGCCCUGUAAAAUAGGUUUACACUAAUUUACUGAAUUAAAAAUCAUCUGCACUCACCAAAAACACAUUUUCAUGUCACGAAGGUGCCUGGCGAUGUGCACCGUCUCCAUUCCAACACUUUGCGACGUUGCUUGCAUGUAUUCUGUGAAAAUUUUCGAUGAAAAAGGCAUAAAAAGAUUUUAGGCCAAAAAAUUCGAAAAAAAAAAUGAAAAAGGAAAUAGACGAGCAAAUCUGCUCCAGUCGCAAUUUUUUCUGUCCGCUAGCUGGCGGCGAGAAGAUGCGCUCGAUCCUCCCCUUUUUAUGAGAAUGCGAGCUGGCGGACAGCCUCUGCUAGCUUUCGACAGCUCGCAACCUCGCGGACGGCUGUCAGGACACUUUCUGAGAUUCCCUUCAAAGUCUUGAAAAAAGUUAAGCCCCUCACCCCGAUUCUGGGGACCCAUUUUAUGUAUGUUCGCUUGUUGAGCAUCUUUUGAGGCAAAAGAAUUUUCUAUAUAACUGUUUUGCCUAGGGACACAGCCCCUAGUUAGUUAAAUUUAAAUCUAUAUAAGAAAGAUACAAUAUUUUCAAAAUUUUCUCUCUUUUUUAUUAGAGUUACAUUUGUUCUCCUAAUAAUAUUUUUUCACCGUUUUUUAAAUGAAUUUUUCUCAUUUUUUUCAAUCAAUUCCAAUAUUUUUCCAGAAACCCUGAAGAUGAAUAUAAUCGAGAAAAACAAAAAAAUCGAAUGCUCGUUUUUCUUGGUGGAACUGUGAUAACUCUUGUUUUGCUCAAUAUUUUGUAUGUUAGGUAAGCUCAGUUAUUAUUUAUAUUUUUUCACCAAAGAACAAUACAAUUUUUCAGGAAACUACACUCGGAUAGCUUAUCGAAUAAUAAUAAGGAAGCUUAG